AUGACGUCUCAAUUCUUUGUUGGUUUGUCUGUGGCUCUGACAAUAGAUGUUACUAAUUCUUCAUAUACUAUGCAGGGCCACCAACAAUGGAUUGCAGAAGUUCAAUUCCUCGGUGUGUUGGAGCACCCUAAUCUUGUUAAACUUCUGGGAUAUUGCGCUACAGAUGGCGAAAGAGGGAUUCAGCGCCUGUUGGUGUAUGAAUACAUGCAAAAUAGGAGCUUAGAGGAUCAUCUGUUCAACAAAGCUGUUCCUGUAGUUCCGUGGAGAACAAGAUUGAAAAUUAUCCUUGGUGCCGCACAAGGGAUGGCUUAUCUGCACGAGGGACUAGAAGUCCAGGUGAUAUAUCGAGAUUUCAAGUCAUCAAAUGUGCUACUGGAUGAGAAUUUUUGUGCAAGGCUUUCAGAUUUUGGGCUUGCAAGGGAAGGGCCAGCUGGUGACCGCUCUCAUGUGUCUACAGCGGUUAGGCAUGCUUUAGACUUCAAUUCUCAUGGCCUGAUUGUUAAUACGUAACUCUUUGUUGAUUGG